CAUUCUAUACGCGCCGUGUUAACUCACGCGGACUUGUAACAGGUUCGAAACUUAGCAACAUCAACUCUUUGUUUGGAUUAUCAGGUUGCUUCAAUCUCGCUUUUGUGUUACUUUUGGUCGUCUUCAGUUGCUUUCUUUGUCAAAAGUGAGUAAGUCUCGUUUGCUUGUGAGUCUCCGGCAUACUUUUUUCAUUCCAGAUAAGCCCUACCUACUUUUUCUUACACUAGGUUCCUUUGUUCUAGACAUAAACUCACCAAAUUAGUAUGAAAAUUUUUAUUUGGGUUCGGAGUAUUAUUUCAGGGUGAGAAUCGAAGUUAUGUCUUUCAUAAUGACUGUAAUGUCAGUUGACUGACACUAACCAGAAUGCUGUUUAAAUGUAUGACUGAGUUUUGCUCUCAAGUUCAAUACAGUGGAACUACUUAAAAUACAGAGGGAAGCUGCUUGUGCAAUUCUAGAACCUCGUUGUUUACCAAUGACAGCGUCGGACCUUUAUACUUUUUCCUACCGCGGAUUAAGGAGUACUCUGGUUUUGUUCUACAGAAUACUUAAUGACUACGGACAUGACACAUUUUUUCCUGCCACCAUAUCAGGAUAAUUCAGAAAAUAGGCAUGUAUGAAAGGCGGAGUCAAACGAAAUGCUCGUGUCAUGCAGGUUUCACACCAAGUCAUCAAUCCUUGGAGCCGCAUUUUCUUUUGUCCAUCUCAAAAUAUAAAUUUCCAAACUGUUCGAAAAAUCUAGAGUCGUCCUCUCACAUCGAGAUACGAAUCAAAUGGAAUAUUCCUUUUCAAAACUUUGAAUCCUAAAUUCUCUGUAGCAAGAAUUCAAAAUGGAGUGGGAUAGCGAAAGUGCGCUACAGGGGUUUUUAAUAACGAUGAUCGUCUGCAUAGUAUCCAGUGUACUUUAUUUUAUGUUCAGGAAUACUUUGUUCCCUCACCGUAUUUCUGUCCAUCACGAUUCAGAAAACUUAGCCCGCAGGAGAAAAAAAAAUGAUGUAAAAAAGUCCAAGAAAGUUAAAAAACUGAAAGUGUUAGUUGAUUCUCAACAAACUGAAGAAAUAGAAACGGACAAAACUCAAACGUCAGACGACACAACUGGUGAAGAGGAUGAACAUCUAUCAGAUGUGCUUCUUGACGAUUAUUCAUCAAGUAGCAGUGAGCAGUCAGUUGAAAGACCUAUCCAGCCAGUGAUAUAUGACGAAAACUGUUGUGAGGGAGAUUCAGAAGUCAUUGAUACUUCUACUCACAAGACCGAACAAUCUUAUGUCGAAGGUCCCAGUUUAGAUUUUCCACAAGCUACAUUAUGCAGAAAUCAGAGUGAGGAUUCAGAUUCGAUUAUUUCUCCAGGUUCUUCAGAACGUAGUCCAACCACAGAUAUUCUAUCUCCAGUAAAUGAUUCGAAAGUUCCUCUCACUAAGUCCAAAAAGUCAAAGCGUCGUUCAGGCAAGCGGUCGGUUAGCCUGCCAACAUGGAAAAUUCUUCAGAAUCAUUAGAAAUAUCAAGGACUGACUGUGUUAAACCAUAUAAAAUGAGUGGAAAACAGGAAUCAUCAAAUGACUCUACAUCAACAUUGGAGUUGCGUACGACAAUCAAAGAAUUAGAAGGACAAUUAAAGGUGAGUCGUCGUGUCAAACGGCAUUUAGUUUUGGGGUGAUUGGUUCCCCAUACUAAUAGAAAUUAAAGAUUAAGUAUCAGGCUGUAUGAUUGGUCGUAAGAUUCACUGUUAAAUUUUGUUUGCCGGAUACUUUUUUCUAUUUCGAGAAUAUAAUUAACGUGCAAGUGUAUGGAUCAAGUAAAUUAAUCAGACGUAACUAAUGUUUCAUACAUUCACUGACAUGAACAAGGAGAUAUAAUUUUUGGCGGCUAUGCUCUAAAAUAAUUUAAAUCUUAGAAAAUCUGCAAUUCUUUUGUAUUAGCUAAGUCGUUAUGAUUACUGUGUUAUCGCCAUUUAGUAGCUUUGUUCCAAAAUAUUUCUAAAAAGUUAAAUUAAACACAUAUCUAAUGCUUGAAUCAAACUGUCGCUUUUGAAAGACCCUUUUAGGGAGUUUCUCAACCCUUAUUCCAACUAGGUAUGAAAAAAUGAACUCAAUGAUGUUAGGAUAAAUUAGAAUUUGUACCUGACGUAAUCACCAACUAUUUGCAGGAUGUAGUGUCUGAUAAUUCCUUACUUCAUAUAAACUGAUGAGUUGGUAUUCCUGAGAGUUAGGGGACGAUUGCAACCUCGUUGUCAUAUUAGCUAUCCUCUCUAAAAAAAGAUAUGUAUGGUCCAUAUAAUAUUUUAGUCAGUUACAGAAAGUACGGGUGUCCGGGACUGUCGUUUAUCAUAUAUAUGUAAAUUCUGCUACCUCGACGUGGUGAUCGUUAUGACCUUAUCGGGCCAUGUUGGCUCGGACAAUUGUUCUUUUAGGCAGGUCGCUCUCCAUGUCGCUACUACCACUACUAAUCUAGUCUCCUUUCCAGGUCUUAAGAACAAACAUCCUUCCAUAUUGUGAGCAGCUGAGGAGUGGUAAUGGUCCUCAAACCUCUAACAACGUUGGAGAUACUCUUGUUUACGAUCAUAUCCGUUCAUCACAUCUUAAUAUUCCAUUUAUCUUCACUAUCAACCCUCCUCCUAUGACUUUAUCUCCAUUCACCACCAUGGUUAACUAUUCUAACUCACGAAAUGUCAUUCCUGAUGCUUUGAAAACGCGCUCCAAACCGUAUUUUGGAUCUUUCAAUGUUCGGAUCAUAUGUCAAAUAGACCAACAGGGAUCCUUAGUUAGAACUUUAGGGUCCCCCCGUCGGUGUAUGGUAGCAGCGAAACGUGAAUAUAGGAUUCAAGUUUAGCUAUUCGCCUGACCCCACCUAGUCGAUACACAGAACCGGCGCGAUUUACGCUCCAUGUACCUGGAGACUUGGCUACUGCUUAUCGUGGCCUCACCAGUUUAGGCAUAUCACUUAGUUCGAACGUAGAAUGGAUCCCAAGAGACAGUCGUUUGUACUCUAUCCGGUCAAAUGGAGGAGUAAAAACAUGCCGCUGCCUGCUCGUCGUCACUCCCUACUCUCCCGCUAACUACAAUUCGAAUGAAGUAGAGAGCAAGUUUUAUAUAAAGCCUUCUCUUCUAUUAUAAGUCAAGCGCUCAGACGUCGUUAUUGUAAAAGCAGACUUUAGCACUCAAGUAGUUAGGUUAUGCUAACGUGUCCUAGUUCAACAAACAGACAUUAAGGACUGUCUGCCCCAAUUAUGCUCAGAUAACUAUUUUUAGCGAGUACCAACUUAGAACAUAAAGAUAGACACCUGACACGGUGACCCCCACAACCAACUCAACGUUAGAGGUUCGACUGAAAACUAGCGCCCUUCUUGAGACAUAUCUAGACGCUGGUUAUGCUCUAGUGCGAGCAUUCAUCUGUUUGUGUUUUGUAGGAAAGCUACAGCAAAAAAGACCUCAGAGUUUAGCUCAAGGACAAAAAGUCGAGUGUAUAUUCAAGGAACAACUAAAGAAACUAGUCAAAGUGACGUUCACUCCGAUAUUGGUUGGCAUGAUAUCCGGAUAACUGUAAAAAUCAUUAAUAUCUACGAGGGACUGUAACGAAAAGGUUGAGAAAAAUCAGGUUUUAUUAGCGUUCACUAACUUGAUAGAUGCUCUGAAACAUCCUAUGGGGUUCAAAAUACGAUAGAGAGUGAGGGAAGCCUAAACGUAGAGUGGCAGAAAGUUUUCUCAAUAAUCUUAAAUAGUGGUGGGCAUCAAAAAACGAAAGGCGGCGGCGACAGGCAACGAUAUACAACUUUUCAGACUUACAAAACAAAUGGGUAUUAAAGACUCGAGACUUACUAAAACUAUUUCUGAAAAAUACGGGACAAUCAUCCGCCCUCAACCCAAGGGACUGAAACAAGGGCAAAACAUUUUCACAUACAGUUUAAUUGUCUUCUGAGUACCCUUCAGUUGCCUACUUUAACCAAGCAACCUAAAUGGGAUGUCAACAUGAACCUUCCCGACUCCUAAUGAAGUAGAAAAAGUCAUAGUUCAUCUAGAGUUAGGGAUACCAGCAAAUCUUGAUGGAUCAACUCCAGAGAUAUAUGGGGAUAUUAACUCAGUUUUAGCUGUUGAAUUGACUGGGCAUAAUCCCAUAUAAUUGGCCAUGAUAUCUGAUCGUUUCAGUCUAUAAUAAAAAACAAAAGUCCUCUUGUGAUAACCACAGAGGAGUCAGCCCGAAUAAUAGUGUCUAAAAUAUUAGCCUCAAUCAUCCAACGCUUGACGAGAGUUCGUGAGGAGCGAAUUCGGGUAAAUGAGGCUAGUUUCAGACCUGGACGAGGAUGUGUAGACCAAAUAUUCACUCUUGAUCAGGUUUUAAAACACUUACCUACCGACCUCCAACUGCAGGUAUUCUUCUCGUCCUUAUGUCAGCAUCUGAAUCCGUAGAUUGACGUGUUCUAUGACAUCGUGUGUCAUUAAAAGAUGUACCAACCUUAUACAGGCCCUCUAUUCGGACACUCUAGGUUAAGGCAAAGCUUAUGGUGAACUGUCAUCAGAGUCGUUAACUUUAAAUGAUUUACGUCAUAAUUGUUCACUUCCCCCCAUUUUUAAUUGGCAUUGUAGACUUUCUUUUAAAGAUAACGCUCUCAUCGUCUAAUUUAUCAGGGUCCAAUCUACCGACAGAUUCAUUUAUUGACUUAGAAUACGCAGAUGAUAUAGUCCUGUUUGGUGAAGACGCUAACAAAAUGCUGAGUAUUUUGAUCGUCUUAAGGAACAAUGCAAGGGUGCUUGAAAUGCAAUUCUCUCCAUCUAAAUGCAAAAUGAUGCUUCAGAAUUGGUCUGCAUCAUCCCUAAACUGACGAUAGAGAGUCAAGUGGUUGAGCGUAUUGAUGACUUCAUUUAUCCUGGAGGUCUAACCAACCCCAAUUGGUUGGUUUCUGGCAAAAUCUUGGCGCAAAUUCAGAAAGCUCGACUGGCUUUUGCCAACUUGCGUAACUUGUGGGGUAGGCGAGAUAUUCAUCUCUUAACUAAAGUAAUAGUACACUGCACAUCAUCCCCCUUCGUUCUAUUUUAUCGCUGUGAAACUUGAUCUUUGAUGAUAGGGAAUAUUCAUAGGUUACUAGUAUUCGGUCGUAGGUGUAUUGGAAGCACUUCUCGUAUGUUUUAGCGCAGAUCUGAGGUGACUUAGAGUACCAGCUAAGGUUGGCAAAUCAAUUGAUGAGUUGGUAAAUUUUUAUCGAUCGACACAGUUAGGAUGUUCAUUACGUGUGUUCAUCUACCUAUUAUCUCGACGGGUAAUGAUAUCUAGUGUAAGAGUAGGUGGGAAAAAAGUUAUGGAUGACCAGACUAAGACAUUACAUUGGUCUGUGUGGACACUGUUGGAAUAAAGCCAUCUUAGUAGGUACAGACUACCUGGUUGAGGUCUGCGUGGUUGUCUUAACUAUUACUUGGAGAAUAUGGAUAACAUGGCUCAAAAUCGUUCGCACUAGUGCACGUGUAUUUAUUUGUUUUGUUACCUUAGUUCCUAAGUUUCUAAAUGACCGUGUAAACAAUCUUUCGAAGACAACGAUGAUCAGACAACGAGAGUCAUCUAACAUCCCCAACUCGGAGAGGCCAGGUCUCACAAGCAUAGAGCAAAACUGCUUUCACCGACGUGUUAUAGAUCUGACCCUUUACAGCCAGACUAACAUCACAAAGGCUCCAAAGAUGGCCCAGAUUGGUAUAAGCUGCUCUGGCUUUCAAUAUACGUGCAUUGAUCUCAUCACUCACACCCCACCAGCACUUAUGCAGCUACCCAGACACGAACUUCUCGAAUACUUUUAUUUGCUCACUACCCAGGGUGAGUGCAGGAUCAGGGGUCUGCCAGUCUUUUAAAAGUACUAUGCACUUGUAAGGUGCAAAGCACAUACAAUACUUACGGACACUAAUUGCCAACUCAUUAAGUGCGGAUUGAAUGGCUUGGGUAUUAUCGCAUACUCAAGGUCGAAAAUUCUUUCUCCAAGCAACAAAUCCACACCACCAUUACUUACAUCCAUUAGAGCUGUUCCCAGAACGUCAUCGAUAGCAAAGUUGAACAGGAAUGCUGAGAUUGGGCAACUCUGUUGUUUAGGUGGUCGAUGGGGACUUGUUGGUCGCAGGUCAGAUAACGAGGACCGUUUACUGCAAAUGUGCGUAGACAGUCUGUUUCUGGUCAGCACUAACUACCGUCACAGUCAUCGCCGAUGUGCCACCUGGCCCCCUCCCUCUGCGUCCCAAGCCUGAACUCAGAUUGAUCACAUCGCGAUCAACUACCGCUGGCGUGGUUGUGUACAAGACUUCUGCUUCUUUUCGAGUACCUUUCUGAACUCUGAUCAUGCUCUUGUUUGCGCUGAUCUUACCUUACUUUUUAGUGGUCAAUAAAUUCAUCGUCCUAAACGGAUCAAUGUCAGCAAAUUAGUUGCAGCUCCAGUUGCAACUAAAUAUCAAAUCGAGGUAGGUUCAAGGCUAGCUAACACUCCACCGAAAGCAUACAUAAGCAUCGGUUUCAAUUGCAUCACGCCAUGAAAAAGUCGAGUAAAUUCGCUUGCGGCUUCGCGAAACGUCCCGCUUAUAAACACUGGGUUUCUUCAGGCUCCUUACAACUCAUUGAAGUCAGUCAGUCUACUCCAGGUGACCACGAGUUUGACCACAAACGAAGGAUGCUAAGUAGUGAAUUUGGGCAAAGCUUGCGUAAGGAUCGAGAAGCCUGGUGGUCGGAGUGUGUCAAUGAAUUGGAAGUAGCAACUGCAUCUAGUAACUGCCGGAAGUUCUCUCUACUCAUCCGAGCCACUGGCAGCAAGAAGUCUUAUGUGAGCGAAACAAUCUGUGAAGAUGACGCGAUACCAACCACUAACAUCUAUCGACGUCUUGGACGAUGAGAAGAGUUUUUUUGAAGGGCAGUUCAACUGUUCUACUGUCCUGGCAACAUCAAUUAGACCGUCUUACCCUCCAUGGCCUGUGACGGCUGAUUCACCGAACUAGGUGGAAGUCCGCAAGGAACUCCAACCCUUGGAGCGCUACAAAUCACCAGGGCCGGACAACUUACCUCCUGCAGUUUUUAAGGAUGGUGGUGACUUUCUGGUUAAGGAACUGACUGAGUUGUUUACAAUGGUUCGGUAGUUAGAGAGUGUUCCAACACCAUGGAAUGAGUCGACAGUUGUCCCUAUGUUUAAAAAAGGGUUCACUUCGUUUCUGUAACAACUAUCGGGGGAUAAGUCUACUUCCGAUUGCGUCCAAGCUAUUAGCUUCUGUCGUACUUCGUAGGUUCAAAAUCCGGAAAAGAUUGCCUUGAGGAUGCAUUGAUCAUAUCUUCACCCUCCACCGGAUGUUAGAACAGCGUCAUACUUAUCGCCGGCCAACAUUCGCACUGUUUCUUGACAUUAGGGCUGCCUUCGACAGAACCGUUCUCUGGGAUUGUCUAUUGAAGAAGGGUGUGAAAAGUUUAAUAACAUCUUAAAUACCCUAUGUACAAACAUCUUAGACAUUAACACUGUUGGAUGCCGGCUCAGUGGUCUAAUGGUUAAGUGCUCGCG